GAUAAGGAAAGCUGUAGCAAUUUUUUAAAUUAGAUUAAAAGUAUAUGGUGUUGGUUGUAUGAUUUAAUAAGUGAUAAGGCAAAAAAUGGGGCAAAAUGUAUUAAUUCUGAAGCAAACAUGGUUUUGUUUGUUUUUUUUAAUCAAAAAAUUCAAUUUGAAACUUGUGCAGAAAACUAGACUCUAUUAUAAACUUCCACUAGUUAAAAGUAUUUCCCAUUUGACUCCGAUAUUAAACAAAUGAGCAAAUAUGAAGCCACGAUGGCUAAAAAUUUCAAAAGUUGGAAUCCGUGUUUCUUCAUUCCGACCCACUGUGAUACAACACUGAACAACAAACAAUAGAUCGCAUCAAAACAUUUCACUGGCUCUCAAAUACAAGUGCAUAGUUUUAUAUCUUUGUUAUGAGUUAUCCUGAACUUAUGAAGAUUUUAUUUUGUAGUCUGUUUAUCUCAUGGGAGGUGUUUCGUAUCAUUUUGAACCUGUCCAAACACCAGUACCUUAUCUAUGAGGUGGGUCGGGUGUGUGCAUUUCCUGUUUCGUGUAUAAAAACCUCCACAGUUUGAGCUGAACACAGCAACUCCAACCAGAACAGCAACAACAGGCAAGAUGACCAGUCUUUCUGCAAAGGACAAGAACACAGUCAAAACCUUCUGGGCUAAAGUGGCUGGUAAGGAGGAACAAAUCGGCUGUGAUGCUGUCUCCAGGUAAAUAUGGCCCCACACUGCCUACAAAAACCUGCUCCUGCAUUUCUGUCUUUUACUCGCUGGUUUGUUCUCUUACAUUUUUAUCCAGGAUGCUGACAGUGUACCCUCAAACCAAGACUUAUUUCUCCCACUGGAAGGACCUGAGCCCCGGCUCUGCCCCGGUGAGGAAGCACGGAGCAACCGUGAUGGCUGCAGUUACUGAUGCUGUCAGCAAAAUUGACGAUCUGACCGGAGCUCUUCUGAGCCUCAGUGGGCUGCACGCCUUCACUCUGAGAGUGGACCCUGCUAACUUCAAGGUUCUGUCUCACAACCUCCUCGUGGUCCUGUCCACCAUGUUCCCCGACGACUUCAGCCCUGAGGUCCAUGUGGCUGUGGACAAGUUCCUGGCUGCUGUUGCUCUCGCCCUGUCUGAGAAAUACAGAUAAACUGCACACAGGAGCAGAGGACUGCAUUAUGUGCUUUCAUACGUACUACUACUCUGACUUUUAAUAAAACAUUGAAUGCAAUCAAAGUC